AUGCUCGGGGUCGCCUCGGCCCAGGUGAUCUUCAACCCUCAGAAUAAUGCACCCUCCACCGAUAUCAUUGAUCUCCACCGUCAAUUGGUUGAAAUAGAGCUGAUUGCCCCCAAUGAGGCUGGGGUCGCUGAUUACUUAUACGACUUAUUAAAGGCUAAAGGUUACACAGUGGAACGGCAAAACAUUAGCAAAGGACGCUACAACAUCUACGCCUACACCGGGAAGUCACGAGAUGCCAAGGUCCUCGUGACCUCUCACAUCGAUACUGUGCCUCCCUACAUCCCUUAUUCCAGACAAGGCUCCAAGAUAUUUGGCCGAGGCUCGGCCGAUGCAAAGGCUAGUGUCGCGGCUCAAAUUGUGGCUGUGGACCAGCUCGGUCUCAACGAAGACGUGGCGUUGUUGUACGUGGUGGGUGAGGAAGUCGACGGCGUGGGCAUGGAAACCGCCAACAAACUUGGGUGCAAGUGGGAUGUGGGUAUCUUUGGCGAGCCCACCGAACUCAAGUUGGGCGUCGGCCAUAAAGGGAACUACAUGUUCAAUUUGACCGCCUACGGGAAGGCGUCCCACUCGGGGUACCCCGAAUUGGGCCGGCUGGCGGCGGAAAUUUUGAUCCCUGUGCUUAACAAGUUGAUGCAAAUUGAGUACCCUAAAAGCGAUUUAUUGGGGCCUCUGACGCUUAACGUGGGUAAAUUUGAAGGCGGGGUGGCGGCUAACGUGAUCCCGGCGUUGGCUUCCGCUGACUGCUUCAUUAGAGUGGCUGCCGACAUCGAAAAGAUCGAUAAAUUGGUAAGGCUGGUGGUCGAAGGUGUCGACCACUUAGAAUUCAACUUACAGGCAACCAUCCCUCCCGUCACCUUAGACUACGAUGUGCCAGGCUUUGACUCCAUCGUGUUAGCUUACGCUACUGACGUACCUCGCCUUCGCGUUCCCCUUAAGAAGCGGGUGUUAUAUGGUCCUGGAUCUAUCCACGUUGCCCAUGGCGACAACGAAAACGUCGAAGAAAGCGACUUGUUCGAUGCUGUCGAAGGCUACAAACGCUUAAUUGCAUGGGGACUUAAGCAAUAG